AUGUCACUCAAGGACGAAACACAGACCCAUCAGACCGCCGGUGGCGAUGUCGUUCGCAAGAGGUCCAAGAGACGCAGGUGCGGCGCUCACUGCAAGCGCUUCUGGUGGGCGUACCUCAUCGCGUUUGCCUGUGUUGUCGUCCUGGUUGUGUGCCUCGUGAUCUUUGUCGGCGUGCCCAACAUCGCGCAGGACAAGCUCAACGAGGCCGAGCUGGACAUUCAGGGCGUCAACAUCCUCAACACGGAGCCCAACAAGUUCCUCAUGGAGGUCAACUCCACCAUCACCACCGACGGCUCCAUCCACGCCGACGUCGACGCCUUCACCGGGCGCAUGUACCUCGAGGACCACGAGCCUCACGUGGCCUUUGCCACGCUCGACUUCCCCGAGACGUCGGCCGACAAGAUGCAAGUCGUCAACAUCAGCCAGGAGGUCACCGUGGCCGACAUGGACGCCUUUGUGCGCUUCAACGAGUGGUUCGUCGAGCGCGAGACACUGCGUCUCACCAUUGAGGGCGAGACCAAGGUCAAGCCCGCCGGCCUCGACCGCAAGUACGGCGUCACCUUUAAGAAGACGCUCGACGUCAAGGGACUGAACCUCCUCAAGGGCACAGAGGUCUUGGUUGACUCGGCUGAGCUCUUUCUGUCGGUCGACGACAACAACAGGAACUUUUAUGGCGAGGCCGAUAUUCCCAACCCCUCGCACUUUACCCUCGAAGUGGGCAAUGUCGCCUUCCACCAGUACAUUGGCGAUGAGGACCUUGGCCACCUGUUCAUCGAAGACCUCAUCCUGUACCCCGGCAGCAACACUGUCAACGUGUCGGCCAAUCUCAACCAGCCUCGCGUGUUGGCCCUCCUGCGCACAACACCCGACUACUGCAAGGACGGCAUCAUCCCCUUCAAGCUGCUCGCCGAGAACGUCACGCGCGACGGAAAUGACAUUGAGUACUUUGCCAAGGGCCUCGCUGUGGCCAACCAGACUGUCGACAUUGACAUUGGUGCCAUUAUCAAGAACAACCUCGGCACCACCAUUGAGUGCGCGGAUGAGGAGGAUUGA